AUGCCCGCCCCCAAUGCCCGGCCGCUGCUGUCUGCAGUGCUUGCUGAGCUGCCUCCGGAGUGGGAUGUUUGCUUCCUGGCCCCGACUGACCUGGACCGCAGCCCUGACGAUGCAGGCCUCGUCUCUCUCGUGUCAACGAUGUGCUAUGGCACCAACGCCUACUUGAUCUCUGCAAAGGGCGCAGAACGGCUUCUCGAAUCCACGGAGGACCAGGACCUCCUCCCUGUCGACGAGCUCCUCCCUGCCUUGGCGCUUCCCCAGGGACAUCCGCGGCGCGACGUGGCAAGGCUGCUGCGCGAUGCGCCGAAACUGCUCCUGUAUCGCCUGAGGCCUGGCGCGAACCUGAUCAUUCCUGCGUUGCGGAGCUGGGACAGCGACACUGAGGCCUCAGCACCCGUCACUGCCGUGGUCCCGGUCGCCCGCGCGCCUUGCGGAAUCUGCGGCGGGCUGCAAGCGGCUGACCACCGGCCAGGGAAGGCCUGCGUCGUGGCGCGCGGCCUCUCCUCCGAUCCCCAGCUGGCGGCCCUCCGCGGCGGAGGUUUCUGCAUGAUGGCCCCGCUCCAUCCGGUGUUGCCCGGACAGGUUGCCGCGGAGGUGGACCAGAUCAGCUCGGCCGUAGGAGCUGGUGGCGCGGAACAGGCCACGGAAUGGCUGGCACCCAUCCAUGAGGCCCGACUUCGACACGACGUCAAGUUGCCGCUGACGGCCACAGUGGUGCAGCUUCUGAACACUGUGAUCCAGGAACACGGCUGGUUGUUUCGAGUUUUCCUCGGGGACACCGCGAGACUCGUUGAGCUGGGCGCUGUGGUUGCCUGCCCAGGGGCUCCACCUCAGCCCUGGCAUGCCGAUGUGGACUUUGACGACGGGGGCGGUGCCCGGAUCCUUCAGGCCUUUGUGGCUCUCCAGGACGUCUCAGAGAACAUGGGGCCGACAGAGGUGCUGGUGGGCUCCCACACGCGCGACUUCCAUCGCUCAUGGCAGCAGGCUGGGCAGCGCUCGGAUCACCUGGCGAGGCAGUCGUUGACACUGGACGCCGGGGCUCUUGCGAUCUUGGACGGCCAUGUCGUCCACCGGGGUGCUGGCAACACCUCUGCGCUGCCACGGCGUCUGCUCCACUUUGCGUUCAUGUCGGCAGGGAGGCCUCCUCCGGGUUUCACCUACCACUUGGUAGACGAGCUGGUGCAAACUCCUGUCACGCUGGAGCACUUCCCUCUUGAUCCAGAGUCGUCAUCGUAUAGUCUCCCGAAAAAGGAGAGCACCAUGCGCAGCGAAAGGAUGCGAGUUCAGCGUUCCUCGUUGCUGUCGGUCCUGCGAGAGCCCCGUCGCGCGGUGCGCCUGGAUGCGGACGGAGACUUGGAUGUCGAGACAGGGUCGGAGCAAACAUCACAGCAGAUGCCGGUGGAGCUGCAGAUCCAUCUGCGCCAUCCUGGUGGCACAUGGCUUUCGCCGGAAGCCAUCGUGGGUCGCCACCCAGAGAAGGCCUCCUUGCCGGAUGGACUCCGUCUCUGGGCCUGCGACGUGUGCCUGGCUGAUGUCCUCUUGGCAAAGCCUGGCCUGGCCUGUGGCCGAGUGGUUUUGGACCUGGCCUGCGGGUGCGCGCUGCCAUCCGUGGCGGCUGCCCGGGUGGCCCUCCAUGUCUUCGCGGUGGACGGCCAGGAAGCCGUGCUUCGGAAUGCGGCCGUCAACCUGCGCCGCAAUGGCGCCGGCGCCACAGCGCUGCGCUGUUGGGGGCGAGGAGCCUCUCCGGCCUACCGCUGGCGUCGGGAGGACUGGCCGCGCUUGAAGAACGUCCGGUUGCUCCUGUGGUCGGACCCCCUGCGUGAAGAAGGAUCUGCCGAGCGCUUGAUGCAGACCCUUCUCGGAAUUCGCAGGUGGUUCAGAACGCCGGCGCGCUUCCAGCUGGGAAGAUCGCAAGCACCGCGCCUGCUCAUGGCGGUGGAGCUUCGGCGAUACUUCUCCAUGACCACGCUACGGGACGAAGUUCUCGAGCUGCCGCACUUCAAGGCGCUGUGCCGACGCAGGGGCUUCUCAUGUAAGCGCCUGGCCGCGGCAUCCCUGCCCACACGGCUGGCGAUCGUGCGGCCACGCAACGUGGCGGUAUUUUCGGUGCGACCCUUGCGCUCAAUCCGGGAGCGGAGGAUGCCCUGCAGAUCCAGGUGA